AUGAAAGCUGACCUUGCUCGCGAUUUUCCCAACGCUACAGGCUCGAUGAUGGAUGUCCCCAAGAGCCUCCUGGCAGAGAUCAAGUCUCUGGAGGAGCAGCUGACGGUCAAAACCGACAAGCUGAAGGCCAUCACUGAUCACUUCGUGAAGGAGCUCGAGAAGGGUCUGAGUGUCGAGGGCGGCAGCAUUCCAAUGAACCCUACCUGGGUUAUGUCGUUCCCCGAUGGCUAUGAGACGGGCACUUAUCUGGCGCUGGACAUGGGUGGCACAAACCUGCGUGUCUGUGAGAUCACUCUGACCGACCAGAAGUCUGAGUUCGACAUCAUUCAGUCCAAGUACCGUAUGCCUGAGGAGCUGAAGACCGGUACAUCUGAGGAGCUGUGGGAGUACAUUGCGGAUUGCCUGCAGCAGUUCAUUGAGACCCACCACGGCGGUGUUAAGCUGGAGAAGAAGCUCCCUCUGGGUUUCACUUUCUCCUACCCCGCCACUCAGAACUACAUCGAUGAGGGCAUUCUUCAGCGUUGGACCAAGGGAUUCGACAUUUCUGGCGUUGAGGGCAAGAACGUUGUGCCAAUGUUGCAGAGCGCCCUUGAGGAGCGGGGGGUGCCUAUCAAGCUCUCUGCUUUGAUCAACGAUACCACCGGAACCUUGAUUGCCUCUGCCUAUACCGAUACUAAGAUGAAGAUUGGCUGCAUCUUCGGUACUGGCUGCAACGCUGCUUACAUGGAGGACUGCGGCUCCAUUCCCAAGCUGGCUCACAUGAACCUGCCUCCUGAUGCCCCCAUGGCCAUCAACUGCGAGUGGGGUGCCUUCGACAACGAGCACGUUGUCCUUCCUCGCACCAAGUACGACAUCAUCAUCGACAAGGACUCUCCCCGUCCUGGUCAACAGGCCUUUGAGAAGAUGAUUGCUGGUCUGUACCUGGGAGAGAUCUUCCGCCUGAUCAUGGUUGAUCUGCACGACAACCACGACUGCCACAUUUUCGCUGGUCAGGACAUUGCAAAGCUUCGCAAGGCUUACAGCCUGGACUCGUCUUUCCUUUCUACCGUUGAGGAUGACCCUUAUGAGAACCUGCAGGAGACGUUUGACCUCUUCCUCGACAAAUUGGACAUUCGGCCCAACGCGCCAGAGCUCGAGCUUAUCCGCAGAACAGCUGAGCUCAUCGGCACCCGCGCCGCCCGCCUGUCUGCCUGCGGUGUCGCAGCCAUCUGCAAGAAGAAGAGCUACCAAUCCUGCCACGUCGGCGCUGACGGCUCCGUCUUCAACAAAUACCCUCACUUCAAGGCGCGCGGCGCCGUGGCCCUCCGUGAGAUCCUCGACUGGCCCGCCAAGGCCAAUAAGAACGACGAGGACCCCGUUGAGAUCCUGGCAGCCGAAGAUGGUUCCGGUGUUGGCGCUGCGCUGAUCGCGGCGCUGACCUUGAAGCGGGUCAACCAGGGCAACGUCGCUGGAGUCCUACGCCCGGAGAACUUCACUUAG